GCCACCUUACCUCAGUCACUCAGACACGGUCACGGAAUGUGGAUCACAGUGGCUGUUUUAUUGAAAAUGUUAAUCUUUUCCUAUGUGAACUCAGAAAACUCUUAUCCCCUAGACACACUCACCGUAGAACGAGGACAUGGCGCCAGACUGCAGUGUGUUUUGGGAGACCUUACCAUCGUCACUUUUGUCAGUUGGUAUCGACAUCUCCCGAAUGGAGGGCUCAGUUAUGUGACACAUUAUACCAGAUACACAUCACAGGUGUCACGAUACACCGGUGAGAUACAUCAAGAAAACGGGACAAGCGUUUUAAUUAUCGAUAAUGUGCAAAGAAACGAUUCAGCGACUUACGUGUGCAUAGCGAGAUCCUCGAGCCACUAUAGAGCUGGCUCCUCUUGUACCCUCAUAGUGGAAGAUCCACAGGUUCCUCCUAGAGUCUUCAUAUUUUACUCACCCGACACUACACCAGGAUGGAUGGAGCCACUUUCUUUUGUUUGUUUGGUAAAGGACUCUUCUCCUUGGUGGAACCUUUUAACUUGGAGAAUCAAUGGAACAGAAACAAAAAGACAAGAGGCUGGACGUGAAGGGUUUAUCGAUGUGGGAGGCUCUUAUUCGUUUAUCAGUCACUUGUCAACUGUUCCAAACCACGACUUAAAAGUAACUUGUGAGAUUCACAACAAUGUAACUGGACAUUUGGUUCAAGAGCAUUAUGUGCACGGUUUUUCAAAUCAAGGAGAACAAGGUUGCCAGUCCCUGUUACACUUUGGUAUUCCUGGAGUUUCGAUAUUGAUAUUGCUGUUCCUCACAACUGCUUGUGUCUGCAAGAGGCUUAACAAUGGGCCAAGCCUGAAGCCUGAUUCCCCAAAAUGCGGGGCAGAGAGGAGCCAAGGAGAACACACACUGAUUCAGUUCAUUCAAAACUCUGCUGCAAGAGUCCUUACACAGACCUGCAGCAGCCAGGACAUCACACCCAACCUGCUGCACAUCUAAUGGCUUCCUGUGUCUUACAAGACUGAAUAUAAAAUUCUGUUAUUAACCCAUAAACCUUUAAAUGGACUGAUACCAGACUACAUCAGUGAACUUCUCCAUCUAUACUCCUGCUCACCCACUAAGGUCCUCUGUUUCUGGCAAUCUUCCUGUGCUCCACACUAACCUGAACUCUGAUUAACACAGCCUUCAGUAUAGCGCCUAGACUUUUGCUUUACCUCCCUGAAUUCAAUACAUUCCAUACAUACUGACUCAAUACAUUCUUUUAAAAAAACAACUUAAAACUCCUUUGUUCAUGAAUGCGUUAAACUUAAUUCUGAUUGUUCUUUCAGUUUACCUCUUUGUCCAGAUGCUCAGGGUAA